ACGCUGCGCUGUCUUCCGACUCCCCCGGAUCCAGGCGCUCGGGCACUUGCAUGGAGGGGCCCGCGGCUUCCCCCGGGCCCCGCGUCCCCAGGGCGGUGUCCCGCGUGCUGUGGCAGGGCCCCGUGGAGCCGCUCGUCUUCCUCGCCAACUUCGCCUUGGUCCUGCAGGGCCCGCUCACCACGCGGUACCUCUGGCACCGCUUCAGUGACGACCUGGGCUACAAUGGCACCCGCGACCGGGGCAGCUGCAGCAACCAGAGCUCGGACCCCACGCAGCAGAAAGUGGAGACCCUUACCUCCCACUGGACCCUCUACAUGAAUCUGGGCGGCUUCCUCGUGGGGCUCUUCACCUCCACGCUGCUGGGUGCCUGGAGUGACCGUGUGGGGCGCCGCCCACUGCUCAUACUGGCUUCCUUUGGCCUGCUGCUUCAGGCCCUGCUGUCCAUCCUGGUGGUGCUGCUGCAGCUCCAUGUUGGCUACUUGGUGCUGGGCCGCAUCAUUUGUGCCCUUCUUGGUGACUUCGGUGGCCUCCUGGCUGCUAGCUUCGCCUCCGUGGCUGAUGUCAGCUCCAGCCGCACCCGCACCAUUCGCAUGGCCCUGAUGGAAGCGUGCAUCGGGGUGGCCGGGAUGCUUGCAAGCCUGCUUGGAGGCCAUGGGUUCAAGGCACAGGAUUAUGCCAACCCCUUCUGGCUUGCCUUGGCCUUGCUGAUUGUAAUGACUCUCUAUGCAGCAUUCUGCUUUGCUGAGACAGUGAAGGAGCCCACACCAGCCCGGCUUUUCACACUCGAUCACCACCGAUCCAUUGUCCAUCUAUACAUGACUCCAGCCCCCAGCAAGUCCAGGAAGCACUUGGCCCUGUACUCACUGGCCAUCUUUGUGGUGAUCACGGUGCACUUUGGUGCACAAGACAUCCUGACCGUAUAUGAGCUGAGUGCACCCCUUUGCUGGGACUCCAUGCUGAUUGGUUAUGGUUCUGCGGCACAUCAUGUCACCUACCUCACCAGCCUGGCGGGCCUGCGACUUCUUCAGUGCUUCCUGGCUGACACCUGGAUAGCUGAAAUUGGCCUGACCUUCAACAUCUUGGGGAUGGUGGUCUUUGCUUUUGCCACAAUCACUCCCCUCAUGUUCACAGGUUAUGGGCUCCUCUUCCUGUCCUUGGUCAUCACACCAAUUAUGCGGGCGAAACUCUCCAAGAUGGUGAGCAAGUCAGACCACGGUGCUCUCUUUUCGGCUGUGGCCUGUGUGAAUGGCUUGGCCAUGCUGAUGGCCUCCGGCAUUUUCAACUCGCUCUACCCAGCCACCCUGAACUUCAUGAAGGGCUUUCCCUUCCUCCUAGGAGCUGGCCUUCUCGUCAUCCCAGCUGUUCUGAUUGGGAUUCUGGAAAAGGCUCCUGACUUUCAGCAAAUUCCUUAAGAACCCCUGAUCUUCCUGGGUUAGGGG